ACCUUCAGUGUAGUCGUUCCGGUGACUUCGCGCCAAGUGCAUUCCCAGCAAGAACGGGAAACCGGUCGCCACGUUACGCAACGUUACGCACACAUUACGCUAUCGUGUUUUGGUGUUUGUUUAGUGCAUUUAGUCAAUGAAUUGAUGUAACUUUUCGCACGAUUUGUGUUGCAGAACUUAAGAACAGGACGUGCACUUCCGCCGGUGUGAAGAGUUUUGUGAUUUGGUUGGUGGUUUUGUCGUGGUUUGCCAGUGGAAAGAAGCGGUUGUGCAGCCAACUGCUGAUUGUCGUGAUCGUUAACACCGGUGAAAGUGUGCGAAAAUUGUCACCAUUUUCCCGUUCGACAUAUUUCACCUGUACUCCGCCGAUCUGGAGCAACGGAGCAGUGCACUCGGCCUCGAGGCCAAUUGCUUGAAAAGAAGGAAAUGUAACAGCGAUAUGGAGCGGGACCGUGAUCGUGACCGCGAUCGCGAACGUGAUCGCGCUGCGGACCGGGACGUGAAACCGCUCGAGCCUCGCGAUCUGUCCGCGACGCGCCUGUUCACAGCGACGCAGAUCAAAAUCAGCACCUCGCCCACCACAUCGCCAACCAUUUCGAACUCGUCGUCGCCCACACCCACCCCUCCGAUACCGGCCGUCUCACCGGCAGUGACCGGUGUCGGCAGUGGGUACCAUCACUCCAACCACAAGCAGAUAACCGGCAUACCAUGUGUGGCGGCAGCAUCCAAGUAUACGGCACCGGUACACAUCGAUGUUGGUGGUACGAUCUACACCAGCUCGCUGGAAACAUUAACCAAAUAUCCCGACUCGCGACUAGCCAAACUGUUUAACGGCUGCAUCCCGAUCGUGCUGGAUUCGCUGAAGCAGCACUAUUUUAUUGAUCGCGAUGGAGGUAUGUUUCGCCAUAUACUUAACUUCAUGCGCAACUCGAAGCUGUUGGUGUCGGAAGACUUCCCAGAUCUGGAGCUGUUGCUGGAAGAGGCCAAAUAUUUCGAUAUUGUUCCUAUGAUUAAACAGAUCGAACAUCUGAAGAAAGAGCGUCAGCGUAGCGGGAACGGUAUACCACCGUUUGGUGGCAAUCGUAGCAAAUGCAAGGGUGGCGUACAAACGGACACUACCAACCAUGACGUGGUGGCACUGCACAUUUCCCCCGAUCUGGGUGAACGCAUACUGAUCUCGGCCGAACGGGCCGUGCUGGAUGAGGUGUUUCCCGAGACGAAUCAGGCAAUUCUGGACGCACGGACCGGUGCCGCCUGGAAUCAGUUCGACGGUCGACAGGUGAUACGGUUUCCGCUGAACGGAUACUGUAAGCUCAACUCCAUCCAGGUGCUGACACGGCUGCUAAAUGCGGGCUUCAGUGUCGAGGCCAGCACUGGUGGCGGUGUCGAGACGCAACAGUUCUCCGAAUAUUUGCUGAUUCGCAAAUGUGCGAUGUGAUAAAGUACUUUCUAAAAGCACGUAGAUCCUUAGCUUUCGAAAAGCCCACUCACCCCGUUCACAUCCAUUUGCAAUGGGGCAGGAGUACGAUAAUGAUUGAAAAAACUCUACGAACAAGCAGGGAGACCUAUACACCCACACGAUGUAAAUCGUAAUCGCCAUGAUCGAGUACACUUAAAACCACUACGAAUUAGUGCAGCAUGUAUCAACCAACCACCAACCACUUUUUAAAAAUAGUCUCUUUCCUUAUGUGGUGCCGCUUGCAUAAGCGCAGGCGUAAGUAAUUAAAUGAUGAAUAAAAUAAAUAAAUAAAAAACCCCAUCGCCACUGUGCGUGCGGGACAAAUAAUGGCAACACAUAUUCGAUGUAAGUGAAGCAACACAAAAAUCCUUUUACGGUGAACCUCCGAUGUACGUGAAGCAUAGCAUAAAAUCUAGUUAAUUAUAUAUUAGUAGCGGUAUACCCUUUCUCUUAACUUUAUGUUACCUCUUUGUAUACUAUGUAAGUCGGUCGGAACGGUUAGUCCGAUUAAUAAAAAAAAAUAACGAAAAACUAUUGUCAGCUCCCACCAUGAA